GGUGUGCACACACUGAUUCGAGGUGGCUGCCACUUUUUUUUGUGAACUGCAUAUUUUUGUUUUGUCGUAAUAAAUAUCACAAGUUCUCGGUUAAAAUUCAAGUGUUAGAGGCGCCCUGAGGGUCUGUAAAAAAAACGAGUAAUUAGUUGGCGUGAUUAAAAAGCGGAGAGUAUCGAUUGGAAUAUCAGGAAAGCCCAAGCCAAUUAGUUAAGUUGCCCAGUGCAAAUUGCGCAAAUGGCUGAUGGAACUUUUGACUGCCAAACUGGGUUAAAUUGAAGGACUGCAAGGAUUCCAAGGAUCAAAAAUGGAUGACCUCUCGGGCGACAUAUGCCGCGUGUGCCGCUGUGAGGCACAGUCGGAUAGGCCACUGUUUUACCCAUGCAUUUGCACGGGAUCGAUCAAGUACAUCCACCAGGAUUGCCUGAUGCAAUGGAUGCGCUACUCGCACAAGGAGUACUGCGAACUGUGUGGCUACCGCUUCAGUUUCCAGCCCAUCUAUGCCCCGGACAUGCCGCGUGUCCUGCCGCUAAAGGAUGUCCUGGUGGGACUCAUGUCCGCCGUUUUGGAGGGCGCCCGCUGCUGGCUCCACUACUCCCUGGUGGGCAUGGCGUGGUUUGGAGUCGUCCCCCUGUCCGCUUAUAGGACCUAUCGGUAUCUAUUCCGGGCCAGCUCCUUCGACAUGAUACUCACGCUGCCCUUCGACAUCUUCUCCAUGGAAAACCUGGCUGCGGACGCCUUUCGCGGCUGCUUUGUGGUCACCUGCACGUUGCUAUCGUUUAUAGGAUUGGUCUGGCUGCGGGAGCAGAUCCUACACGGCGGUGGACCCGAUUGGCUGGAGCGCGAUGAUGCCCCACUGCAGGCAGCGGCGGCAGCAGCUAAUCCUGCCCAGGCUCCCGUUGCAGAGGUAGCAGCUCCUCCUCUGCCCCAGGAUGACAACAACAAUGGCAAUGAUGCACCGCAGGAUGUGCCCAUGGACAAUGAGGCACCUGCUCCGGCGGACAACGAGGAUGCAGCUGCCCAGGAAGCGGCUCCAGCUGCAGCAGUUCCAGCACCCGCUGUAGAUGCCGAUGCGGAUGAGCAGAAUUGGAAUCCCAUGGAAUGGGAUCGUGCUGCCGAGGAGCUCACCUGGGAACGCCUGCUGGGCCUAGAUGGCUCCCUGGUUUUCCUCGAGCACGUCUUCUGGAUCAUCUCGCUGAACACCAUGUUCAUCUUUACCUUCGCCUUUUGCCCCUACUGCGUGGGCAACUUUAUCCUGAGCUCCAUGGAUCUUCUCCAGCCGGAGAAGCCAUUGCUACACUUCCAUGGCCUGAUAACCACUCUGUUUGGCUACUGCUGCAUUGGCCUGACCCUGGUGGUGCUGCACUUCUUCGCCAGAGUUUUCCGAUUGCGACGGGUUUGCUGGUUCAUUGGUUUAUGCUAUAUUGUGGUGAAGGUAUCGCUACUUUCCGUCGUGGAGAUUGGAGUACUCCCGCUGAUUUGCGGCUGGUGGCUGGACAUCUGUUCAUUGCCCUUACUGGAUGCCAGUUUGAAGGAUCGCAAGGCCAGCUUUAAAGCCGCUCCGGGCACCUCACUCUUCGUCCACUGGAUGUUUGGCAUGGUCUACGUUUAUUACUUUGCUGCUUUCAUCUCGCUGUUAAGGGAAGUUCUGCGGCCCGGUGUGCUCUGGAUCUUCCGCAAUGUCAACGAUCCGGACUUUAGUCCCAUUCAGGAAAUGAUCCAUGUUCCAAUUGUGCGGCAUAUCCGUCGCCUGGUCGCCUCGGCCAUGAUCUUUGGCUUCGCCGUGCUCUUGAUGCUCUGGCUGCCCAUCAGGAUUUUACAAGUGGCCUGGCCCAAUUUCUUGCCCUAUGCUCUGAGUGGCGAUGCGGAGGUCAACGACCUCAGUCUGCAGUUGCUGCUUUUGCAGAUCGUUUUACCCGGCUUCUUUGAGCAAACUCAAACGCGCAUUUGGCUAAAGGGAUUACUACGCAUCUGGUGCACUGCGGUGGCCUGGUUGCUGGGCAUUCGAAGCUAUCUGUUGCCGGCUCCCGAGCCAGAGCCCGAGAAUCCCGCCGCCGGCGAGGAAGGAGUGGAGAAUGCUGGCAAUCAGGGGGAAGAUAAUGAGGGAGCCGCUGCUGCUGCUGCUGCACCACCACCGCCGCCGCCUCCACCGCCACCACCGGUGGAACCAGCGCCUCCACCGCGAAACCUGGCCGCUGCCCAUCAGGCCAUGAUGCAACGGGAUGCACCCGUGGGAUUCCAGCCGUACGAGAAGCCCUCUUGGUUUGCCUUCCGUUUGUGCGCCCUGCUUUCCCUUAUGUGUUUAUCCAUUGUGUGUGCUGCCAUGCUGACGCUCACCGUUCCCGUCUACAUUGGUCGCCGGCUGAUGAUGCUCUGGACUGGUCAGCCGGGUGAGAAGGCAGCCGGAGCAGCAGUAGCAGAAGCAGCCGCAGCAGCAGCAGGCGGAGGAGUUGUAGUAGCGCAGAAUCUAGCUCCAAUCGAUGCGGAAGGAGCCAGGAAAAACGAGCGAUUGCUGCGCUCCCAUGAACUCUACACCGCUGAGAUUGGUGGCUACCUGUGCUGGAUUGUCUGCCGUGGAGUGGCCGUGGUGGUCACCUUGCUGCCCCAAGGACGAGCGGCUAUUGUGAGCAAACUGAAGCACUGGGCACGAGUGGCUUUGCAAUAUGCCCUGCCAGUUCUAACACUCCUGGGAAUCUUUGUGCUGGUUCCCCUACUCUUUGGCUUACUACUCGAAUUGGUGGUGGUCAUACCGCUACGCGUGCCAUUGCGCAAGACACCCAUCCACUUUCUGUGGCAGGAUUGGGCGCUGGGAGUGCUGUACAGCAAGAUAGCCAUCGCCUUGACUCUAAUGGGUCCGGAUUGGCAUUUGAAAAGGGCUCUGGAACGCGCCUAUAUGGAUGGAUUGCGCGACUUCGACUUGAAGUUUGUGAUGCGCGACUUGGCCGUGCCGGUGGUCACCACUUUUGGCCUGGCUCUGGCCGGUCCCUAUGUCCUCGCACACAUGGUGUUCCCCAUUUUCCUGGCCGACGCCUUUGUGCGGCAUGUCGUCGCUCGGCUCGUCUAUCCGGUCAGCUUCAUUGUGGUGGGCAGCAUCUACUUCGUUCUGUUCCAGAUCGAGCAGCUGAAGAAGCUCUAUCUGUCCAUCAAGGUGGAUAAGUAUCUGGUGGGUCAGCGGCUCGUGAACUACGAGCACCGCAAGAAGCAGCAGCAGCAGCAACAGCAGCAGCAGCAGGAGGAGGAGGAGCAGCAGCGCGCUGCGCGGGAGCUGAAGGAGCACCAGGAGCGGGAUCGGGAGCGGGAACGGGAGCAGCUGGCCCAGGAACAGGAGUUGGCCGAACUUCUGUAACGAGAUCAGAUUUUUAUUUCAACCCGACAAGGAGGAGGCGGACGCAACGAGAAGCUGUUAUCUCUGCUUUUUCAUCGUAAAGCUGCUCCUGCUGCUGAUGUAUCUCUGUUUUAGUCUCUGUUGCCCUGCCAAACCAGAGGAUUUGAAAAUUUUCGAGUGAAAUAUACCUAUUAUGUUCUAGCUUCGGCCUUUUCACCCACUUUAGUUAACUUUCGUUAUAUGAUUAAUGUGUUAGCCACAAUUGUUGUUAAAUCCUUUAAACCCCCUUACCACUUAUAGAACUUAAGUUGUAUGAUAUUUUAAGACAGCCAGACAUAAAGCCCCGCCACGCCCCCUGAUUUUACAUAAAUAAUCUUUGGGUAGCGUUUAAACCUUGUAUUAGAGCCAUAUGCAAAAAUUAUAUAUUUGAGAAUUGUCAACCGAGCUAAAACUUCAGAAAACCCAGAAAUAAACCAAAUCCAACUUGGUAAA